UAAAAACAAGCAAUCAUGGAAAAACUCGUGUCACGUAAAUUACCCAAACUGUCACAAUUUCUAGUAAAUUACAGUACAAUGGCACCGUAUAAAAUCGUAAUGGUCCGUCACGGCGAAUCAGAAUGGAACCAAAAAAACCUUUUUUGUGGUUGGUACGACGCAAAAUUGAGCGAAAAAGGUAAACAAGAAGCGGCAAACGCCGGCAAAACCCUCAAAGACGCCGGCUAUAAAUUCGACCAAGCUUACACUUCGGUCCUAAGUCGAGCACAAGACACUCUUCAGAUUAUCUUAAAAACGCUAAAUCAAUGCGAUAUUCCCAUUCAAACGACAUGGCGUCUCAAUGAGCGUCAUUACGGCGCAUUAACCGGCCUUAACAAAACUGAAACUGCCGCCAAAUACGGCGAACAACAAGUGGCCAUUUGGAGGCGGAGUUUUGACGUACCGCCGCCCCCCAUGGAAAAUGACCAUCCACACUAUAAAGACAUCGUAUGCGAUCCGAGAUACAAAAACGGACCGCCUCCUGAACAAUUCCCCAAAUUUGAAUCGCUCAAAUUGACAAUUGAACGAACUUUGCCCUUUUGGAACGAAACUAUUGUACCACAAAUUAAAGCCGGGAAAAGAAUUCUGAUUGCAGCGCACGGAAAUAGUCUAAGAGGAAUCGUCAAACAUUUAGAUCAACUUAAUGAUGAACAAAUAAUGGGACUUAAUCUACCGACUGGAAUUCCAUUCGUUUAUAUGCUGCAAGAGAACAUGAAACCAGCACAGGGAGGCAGUUUGCAAUUUUUAGGCGAUCCAGAAACGGUCAAGAAGGCCAUGGAAGCCGUAGCCAACCAAGGAAAAGCCAAAUAAUUAUAUACAAUGUUAUUUUCUAUAAACAACGAUUUGCUUAAUAAUUAUUAUCAUGUUUGUGUAAACAAAUGUGCUGAGUCAGUGAUUCCACGUCAAAUUUGUAAAAAAAUAUUGGCCACCUUGACGUUUGCAUUUAACGGUCAAUCGGAUCAAUGUUGCCAACUUGAAUUAAAUAAUAGUUACCUGUAAAAAGCUGAGUUCAAAGCGUAUCAGUGUGAUGAACAUGAAGGCGAGUAAAAUACGUCCUGUCAGUUGCAAGUAAUUUUUAGGUUUGUUUUCGCCUAAUGAAGGUACACCUGCAAAUAAACUCUUGGCUUCGCCCCUACUCUCAGCCAAGACUAGUAAAAGUGCACCAAUUAGAGCGAGAUUUCUGAAUAAGAAUUGCAAAUCCCAUAGUAUGCUGUAUGCUAAAGUCUGCAA